GGCGCGGCGGCGGCGGAGGCGGGGGAGGACUUGGAGGGUGCGUGAAGGCGCUUGCAUCGAUCGCGCGGGGCGACCGGCGGCGGCCGCUCAGUCCGCCGGGACGGCCGGCGAGAACGCGCGUGUGAUGCGCCACCGCUGAGAUGGCCGGCGCUCGGGCGCUCGUGGCCGCCUGCUGCUGGUGGUGGCUUACGAUCGCAGCCGCCACCGAGCUAGAUCUGCUGGGCGCUCUGUCGCUACACAACACGUCGCGCGCCGGCGUGAGCGUCGCGCCGGGCAUGCAGCCGCAGCGCACCGCCUACACCCUGCAAGGGGAUUCGCGGUCGCUGCAGGUGGAAGGCGCGGCGUUCGAGCGCGCCGCCGAGCUGCUGCGCAGGUCGCCCGAGUUCACGGUGCUGGCUUCCCUCAAGCAGGAGCCUGCCAACUCCGGCACCAUUCUCUCUUUCUCCCACGGGUACAACAGGUACCUGGAGGUGCAGUCGAGCGGACGCCGGGACGAAGUGCGCCUGCACUACGUAGCGGCGGGAGAGGCGCGCGAGGCAGGCGAGGCGCGCGUGGAGACGUUCCCGUUCCGGCUCGCGGACGGCGCGUGGCACCGCCUGGCGCUGGCCGUGUCGGGCGCGCAGGCCACGCUCCUCGUCGACUGCCAUCCACUCUACCGUCGCCUCAUCGCGCCGCCCGAUCGGAACUUCACACAGCCGCAACUCACGCUCUGGGUGGGACAGAGGAAUAGCAAGCAUUCAUUAUUCAAGGGUACUCUACAAGACGUGCGGCUGGUGAGCGGGCCGCACGGCUACCUGGCGCAGUGUCCGGGGCUGGACUCGGAGUGCCCCACGUGUGGCCAGUUCGCGCUGCUGCAGGCCACCGUGCAGGAGCUCACCACGCACAUCCAUGACCUUUCGCUUAAGCUGGUGGGCGCGGAGGCGCGGCUGGCGCGGCUGGAGCAGUGCGACUGCCAGAAGUCGUGCUACUCCAACGGCUCCGUGCACGCCGACGGCGCCACCUGGAAGUCCGGGGACUGCAAUCGCUGCUCCUGCGUGCACGGCGAAAUAACGUGCAGGCCAGUUGAGUGCGAAAGGACCGACUGCAAAAACCCAGUGCUGCCUCCCGGAGCAUGCUGUCCAACGUGUUUAAGGCACUGCUUGCUGAAGGGCACGCUAUACGAGCACGGCGACCGGUUCGCGCCGAAGGAGUGCGCGGAGUGCGUGUGCCACGACGGCAACAUGCAGUGCACGCGCGUCGACCCCGACAGCGCGUGCCCGCCGCUGCCCUGCGACCCGCCCGACCAGUUCACCGUGCCCGGCGAGUGCUGCAAGUUCUGUCCAGGAGUGGACUACUGCAGUAUGGGGCACACAUGCGACGAGAAUGCGACAUGUAUGAAUCUCAACACCAAGUACACUUGUAAAUGCAACCAGGGCUUCGAAGGCGAUGGCAUUACUUGUGAAGAUGUGGACGAAUGUAGUGAAGCCGGCGGUCUGUACGGACACCACUGCCACUCCAACACGCGCUGCGUCAACGUGGUGGGCGGCUACGUCUGCCAGUGUCUGCCCGGGUAUACCAGGAGAGACAAGUUCAAUUGCGUCGAGGUGGACGAGUGCGCGGGCGACACGCACGGCUGCCACGAGGCGGCGGAGUGCAGCAACACGCCCGGCUCCUACACGUGCCGGUGUCGCGACGGCUACGAGGGCGACGGCUACACCUGCACGCCGAUCUGCACGGGCGGGUGCCUGAACGGCGGGUCGUGCGUGGCGCCGGAGCGCUGCUCGUGCGGCGCCGGGUUCGGCGGCGCGCGCUGCGAGCGCGACCGCGACGAGUGCCGCGACCCCGACGUGUGCGCGCGCAGCGCCGAGUGCGUCAACACGCCCGGCUCCUACUACUGCGUGUGCCGCGCCGGAUACCGGAAAGACCCGUUGCGGGACCAUUGUGAAGAUGUAGACGAGUGCGCGCUCGGCGAGGACACGUGUCCGAAGCACGCGCGCUGCGUCAAUACCGACGGCGGCUUCAGCUGCGAGUGCGAAGUGCCCGACUGCGAGUUAGGAUGCUGGUGGCAGGGCGAGAUGAAGCGGGACGGGUCGCACUGGAGCGAGGCGGGCGGCUGCCGCGCGUGCGCCUGCAGCCGCGGCGUGGCCGCCUGCCGCCGCGCGCCCUGCGCCUGCGACGACGGCAACUCCACCGCGCAGGUGUUGGGGUUCGCCCCGGCGGCGUGCUGCCCGCACUGCGAGCCGCGGUUCCACUGCCGGCACCAGGAGAUGCACCACGUCACCUUCCGCAGCGGCGAGCGCUGGCUCUACCAGUGCCAGAUCUGCGAAUGCCUGCUGGGCGAGGUGGACUGCUGGGAGCCGGCGUGCGAGGAGAGCGGCGCGUGCUGCGCGCGCGAGGGAGCGGGACAGGGCUUGUGGCGCGCGCACCGCCUGCAGCUGGCCGGCUGCCAGCUGCCGCACUGCCGCGCCUGCCAGGGAGGCCAGUGUGCUACUUUGGUGAGCAAUCUCGCGUGUUGUGUGCAUCGAGCGGGGCCGGGCUGGACGCUGGCGCUGGCGCUGGCGGCGGCGUGGGCGCGGCGCGCGCGGGCCGGGGCGCAGCACCGCAAGCACCGCGGCGCGCGGCGCUAGAGCUGGAGCCGCCCUGAGCCGCGCCGACCCCUGACUAUUUAUUCUAGAUAGACCUAAUGUUAACCAAUUGCGGCGGGCGCGCGCACGCCGAGGCCUUAACUUAGCGGCGGCGGCGCCCGCCCGCGGCGCCCGGAACCGCCAUGUGAUACUGUAUUAUAACGCGCGGUUGCGAUAGUGUCGAAUAUAUCAAAGUAUUUUAUCUUCGUUAUAGCAAUAUUAUAGUGUUAUCGAGUAGUUAGGUUAUAGAACGGUGUGCCGCGAAUCUUGAUCAAAUGCCUUUAUUAUAAUUAGUGCGGCGCGUGGAGCGAGCGGUUCCGGCGCCGAUGUAUUUCGUGCUCCCGACUCGCGUGACGUUCACCUUGCACCUGGACCCGUUCGAGCCGGCCGGGUGCACUGGGCUCCUAAAUACGUAAAUCAUUGUUAUAUUCACCUUAUUCUAUUAAGGUUAUAAUAUAGGUUAACCUAAUGUAGGUACUAUAGUCAGCUGCAGGGAAAUGUGACCCUCCCCCCUGCAUAGAAGUUUGUAUGCAAAGGUGCUAAGCAAUAUUAUUGCUGACUGUACGUAUUUUUAUGACAGCCACUGUCUGGCCGGCUUUAUUUUUACUGUCUCGAGUGUUUGUUAUUGCAAAGUUUGUAACACUAGUCGCGACGGGAGCGUUAAAUAAUUAGUAGGCAAUAGAAGAUUUUCGCUUGUAGAAAGUAAGUUCGUGGGUGUCGAUGUGUAGGGUGUAAGGUCACGCGAGAGGCGCAUGCGGCGCGGCACGAGGUUGUGAUAGAGCGAGUGCGAGUGUGCUCGUGCGGCGCCGAGCCCUCCGCCCGGCGCGUUCUCACCGCUACAACUUAGGUACUCUUCGAAUUCUAAAUUUAAACAAUACGUCGAUCGCUUCAAAUUAUUAUACUAGACUUAUAACGGUACUAUUUAGCUAUUGUUGUGAAUAUUGUAUAGUGUCGCUACAUUUGCUGUGAACACGCCGCGCGGAGGGCGCGAUUACUGAUUAGUGUAGUGUAGGCUGCGGGCGCGCGGC